AUGCGACAAGCUGACCGAAAUGUUGUAACGGCACUAACACACAGGCCAUGGCAUCUGAGUCAUUUUGGGGAUGGGACACCCCGUUUCAGUUCCUCCUGGAAACAUUAUUUGUACAUGAUGAUGGACAUCAUUCUAGACUGGAGCCUACACAGUUUCUUGUGGCGAUUGUGCGGGGUUUCAGCUUUCCUCAUACAGAAAAAUUUUGUUUCUCAAGAGUACGUGAGGCACUGGUCUUCAAAAGGAAUUCAGGUGGUUGCCUGGACAGUGAACACAUUUGCAGAAAAAAACUACUACGAAAGCGUCCUGGAAUCCAGCUACAUCACCGACAGCUUGGUGGAGGACUGUGAUCCUCACUACUAG